UUGUGGGGCUGUAGCGCUGCACUGUCUUUGUUCCUCCACUCAGAAUCUCUCCCCCUCUCACUUUCUACUCCGCAGUGUCUCUCUCCCUCUCAUUCUCUAUACUCUCCUUUACUUCCAUUACAGUAUUACACCGGUCUGGAUGAUUGCAGAGACAGCAACAUGGCUGUGAAUCUCGGCAAGAACAGACUGGCCCUUCUAACAGCCUACCAGGAUGUUAUCAACGAGACCUCGUCCACUGACUGGGCCUUGUUCUCAUAUGAGGGCAACAGCAAUGAUUUGACUCUGGCAUCAUCAGGAGCUGGAGGUCUACCAGAGAUCACAGUGACCUUCGAUAAUGGCAGGGUCAUGUACGGCUUCUGCAGCCUGAAGGAGCCCACGGCCGCACUGCCACGCUAUGUCCUCAUCAACUGGGUUGGUGAGGAUGUGCCUGAUGCCAGGAAGUGUCAGUGUGCCAGCCAUGUGGCUAACAUUGCAGAGUUUUUCCAGGUCAGUCUCACUGAGGGAGUCAACGUGAUCAUCAACGCCAGCACCAUGGAGGACAUCGAACCAUCUGCCAUUGGACAGAGACUGACAAAUGGGAUGGCUUCGGUAGCCAGCCCCGUCCUCAGCCGGCUGAGAACCAGAGAGGAGGAGAAUGGAGAGGAUGGAGUGGGCACCGUGUACACCAAAACCAACGCAGAGAUUGAGAUGAAGAAGAUCAAUAGAGAGGAAUUCUGGGAACAAGCCAAGCGUGAGGAAGAGUUGAGAAAGGAGGAGGAGAGGAAGAAGGUUGCGGAGGAGAGGCAACGCUUCGAGGAGGAGAGGAUGGAGCUGGAAAGGAAAGAGCAGGAGGAUAGAGAGAAGAGGUACCGCGAGAGGGAGAGGCAGAUCGAGGAACACAGAAAGAAGAUACAGGAGGAAGAGGAGGCCAAAGAGAGGACACGGAACCAGCCCCUCGUAACAGCAGAACCUAGCUAUGAGGACCUGGAGAAGGAGAAGGAGUCUGAAGUGGAGGAGGCGAAAGCCCUCAUUGCCCAGCGGGCGGACAACCCCAGGGAGUUCUUUAAGCAGAAGGAGAAGGCUGUGGCUACUGGUUUGGACAUCUCCCCUGUCUCUAGCCACAGGACCGGCCGUUUGGACAGCCCGUUACCAGGCCGUUUGGACAGCCCGUUUUUGAAGCAGCAGCACAGUCCCAGCGAGCCCAGUCCGCCCCCCCUCCGCACCCCACCUCACGCGAGGCUGCAGCCCACUGCACCCGAUGGCGAUGAUGAAGGGAGCUUAGAUCACAGUAUGGGAACGUCCUCAACGCCAAUCCCCAAAAUAGUCACCACACCCAUCCAGGAGGCGGAGGAUGACAGCCGGAAUGAGUGGGGUGAGCCCAAGCAACAGCCAGGCCCGGUCCAGGACUCCACCCCCACCAAGCCCAUUCAGAGCGUGGCACCCCAGACCCGCACAGACUCCAAACCCCCAUCCUCAACCCCGGACGACUAUGACCCCUUCUCAGGCUUCAGGCCUCUGCCUGCCCCCACCACCGCAGACCCCCUGGUGGAGCUAUGGGACAGCAGCCCUGCCACCGGCAUCGCCCCCUCUCAGGCCUCACACCCUGGAGGGCAAGCCCAGCCCCUGCUGAGCUUUGACGAGAUGGGGGAUGUACCAUUCUGCCCGGGGGGUCCCGAGGGGGUCGAGGAAGAGCCCUCCAGCCUAGUGGAUGUGGCCGGGACCCACGAUAUGACCCUGAGCUACCAGCAAGCACUGCAGCAUGCUUCAGAUGAUACUCAGCUGAUGACCAACGGGGAGACCCUGCUCAAAGAAGGGACUCAGGCGAACAAGGGUUACUUCAGCCAAUCGCAGGAGGAGGAGAAAUGCUCUGCUAAAAUGACCCCAACGUCAGUGUUUUAUAACAAGCCACCAGAGAUCGACAUCACAUGCUGGGACACAGACCCUGUAAUGGAAGACAGCGACUAGACCAUGGCGAAGUAGUCCGGUCAGGCGGUGGGAAGCAGAAACAACGCAUCAUCAACAACGAAACAGACUUUUUUUAAAGUAAUAAUAACAACAAGUCUUGCAUAAAAAAAAUUGUAAAAUGUUCUAGAAGGGGAAAAAAACUGAUGUUAGCCACAGAAAAGGUUUUUGAGUUAUUGUUAAAGAUGCUAAUGGUUUAAUAAUGAGCUCUUGGUUUUGUGUUUUUUUUUCUUUCUUUGAUUUCUCCUUUCUUUUGCUAUGCGGAGUAAAUAGUGGGGAGUGGGGGAAUACUUUCUUCAGAAUGUAUGUGUCUUCUACAGCAGACUAAACACCCUGUACCAGACAGGUAGCCUAUUGGAAUGUAUAGCAACCCUCCCCCUCCAUUCUCCCUUGUUCUGGGUAGCUACAGUAGUUGGGGAUAAAAGUGGGAGUGGUGCCUGGUGGGAAGGAGGGAGGGUGGGAUCAGAGAGGAGUGGUGCCUGUUGGGAAGGAGGGAGAGUGGGAUGAGAGAGGAGUGGUGCCUGGUGGCAAGGAGGGAGAGUGGGAUCAGAGAGGAGUGGUGCCUGUUGGGAAGGAGGGAGAGUGGGAUCAGAGAGGAGUGGUGCCUGGUGGCAAGGAGGGAGAGUGGGAUCAGAGAGGAGUGGUGCCUGGUGGCAAGGAGGGAGAGUGGGAUCAGAGAGGAGUGGUGCCUGGUGGGAAGGAGGGAGAGUGGGAUCAGAGAGGAGUGGUGCCUGGUGGGAAGGAGGGAGAGUGGGAUCAGAGAGGAGUGGUGCCUGGUGGCAAGGAGGGAGAGUGGGAUCAGAGAGGAGUGGUGCCUGGUGGCAAGGAGGGAGAGUGGGAUCAGAGAGGAGUGGUGCCUGGUGGGAAGGAGGGAGAGUGGGAUCAGAGAGGAGUGGUGCCUGGUGGGAAGGAGGGAGAGUGGGAUCAGAGAGGAGUGGUGCCUGGUGGGAAGGAGGGAGAGUGGGAUCAGAGAGGAGUGGUGCCUGGUGGGAAGGAGGGAGAGUGGGAUCAGAGAGGAGUGGUGCCUGGUGGGAAGGAGGGAGAGUGGGAUCAGAGAGGAGUGGUGCCUAGUGUAAUCCUGUAGUCUUUGAUGUUUCAGUUUGUCCAUGGGGCAAUGGGGAGGGGGCAGAUGAAGGCGUGGCGGACAUCAGACUACAGGCUGGGAUAGCAGUACCGUUGUACUACCCCAUAGUAAGACCCUGAUACACACAAGGGAGGUAUAACGAAAUACUUGUUUUGUGCUGUACCAAGUCACUUUGAAACGGAAUAUCUAUUGUAGUUUGUUAUCGUUGUGUUGGUUGGCAUCUCUCCCAGCAGAAAAUCUGACAUGGGGAAAAUAAGUAUGAUUUUUCUACCUAUUAGAAGUGUUCUAUAAAUUGACAUUCAGGAUCUUUGAAUCAUGGCAAUAGCGGUAGUCUCUUGUUUUGUCUUCAGUGUUAACUAGGCAAUGACUGUAUCUAGAGCACUCAGAUGGGAAUGAAGACGUUCGUCACACAUUGUGGCACUAUGAACGGAACAGUGUCUUGUGCUAAGGUGGUUCUAGAGCUGCUACAGUAGUCUCUGCUUUGUAACACUACACCUUCUUUGCAGUAGAUGACACAAAUGCACCCUUUUGCUUUCCAUGUGUAUUUAUUUUCCUCGUCCUUCUUUUAAAAUGAUGUCGUUCACAUGCACGUCCCUAGAUGGCCUCAGCACCGUUUUGUGUACUAUUGUAAUUCUACUGUUGGACUACCUCUGUGUUAUUUUUGCACAGAUCUCAUUCUCUCACCCAGUUAUCUCGGUUCUGAUUUCACUGUUAACAGUCUAAAUGAGAACCAUUCCGGUGGAUUAGUUUUGCCAGGAGCCCUUCUAAAUGCUUUUGAUCAUCAAGCCUGGUUUUAAACGGUAUUAUUGCUGUAAUGUUUAGAAACAGGUUCUAGCUUCUUUAUGUAACCCUCUCCACAUGGCUUAUAGACCAGUCUUCCUUUAUUUCAUCUACAGGAGGUUUCUUAUUAUUACUGUUCACGGUUAUAGUUUCAUUCCUGAGAUGCCACUCCUUAGAUCUGAUUCUAUAUCAAUCCAGGCAGUCUUACCCAUAGAUAUAGAACAGUUCUAUAGCAGGUAUAUGUUGUUAUAGCUAUGUGCUCUUACCACAGAAUUCUGAGUGGGAACCAACAAGCAAUAAGAAAAUAAACCAAUCUAGUAUUUUGUCCUGUAAAUAGCGUUUGUUUUUUAGAAAUACACAACUACAACUAAUGAACGUCUAACACUUUGUCAUUGUGGCCCUUAUGAUUAUGGCACUUUGAAUUUAGGCUUGUUGUGGGAUUGAAUGAGAUGUUUAAAUAAAGUUUCUUUGAAGCGAAAUAUGAAAUGUGAUUCCAUAUCCCUACCAGCCUUUUUCUGUAUAUGAGAAUCAAAUCAUGCUUAGUAAGAGCCGACCAACCCGCAUCUUUAGCAGUAACUGACACCCUUUCUACAUGAUUUCAAUAUAUACUUCUUCACCCUGAUAACCUCCUGGGUAGUAAUUAUUAUUCUCUCCCGAUCACACUACUAGGAGACUACUACUACUCUACUACUACUACCACUCUUUGCCCCAAAGCAAGGCUUAGCUGUUCCUUGUCUUAUCUCUCUCUUUUCAUUUAAAACAUAUUUUAUUUAUCUUCCCUCUUUUCCAUCCGCUUCUCACACGCUCUGUUUUUUAAAUAAGCACAAGAUCUUUUGUGACAUGCUAAGUGCUGAUGUAUGUUAAUAAAAGACUUAAAAACCU